ACAGCUUCUGUUCGGUGGAUGACAUUCAGCUGUAGCGCGAUUUGAUUUCGAUCGCAUUAAUACUCCUUCUGGCGACAGCUGCGAAUGAACAAUAGCGUUUUUACGCGACAACCCGUUGUCUUCUGUUCGCGAGAUGCACACGAUGAUCGAGUGAGAUUUUUAAAGUGUUUCGAAAUAGAGAAAGAAACAACAUCAACAUUUGCAUACGCAGAUCGCUGCUGGUGGGGGCGAGAACUGCGAGAAGAGAACGUGAGGGGGGCGUGGCGCCAACUGCGUUUUGUCAACAUUCGGGGUCAACAUACAGGUUUGGUCAAUCUGGAUUUUUGCCUUGGCCCGUGCCCGUGUGGGGUCAUUGAUCUGAGAGUUUCGCGUGUUGUGACGGCGGAUCAAGAUGAUCUUACAUAAUUGCCAAUCAAAAUUAUUUGUCAGCUCAGCAUGAAAUUCAUGUAUUUGCCGAUAAACUCCGGCAGUCUCCAUAGGUCUCAAAGCCUUCAGAUUUGAAUAAAAGCCAGCGUUUAAUAUGGCCGUGAUCCACCGAGCCCUCUUCACCUGGUUUCUAGUUCUCCUCUUUCUAAUCUUCGUGGCCCUUCGAGUGGACGCCAAAACCCAGUGGAACUGGUUUGUCUUGUUCAUCCCCAUCUGGAUCUACGAUUGCAUCCUCCUGCUCUACAUUCUGUACCAAAUUGCCCAGCACUUGAAGGGUGGCCGUGUCCUGAAUACCAUCCCCAUCCAGCGGAAGCUCUGGUACCUACUUGCCUGGGCCUUGAAGGUCUCGUUUCAAGUGCUCCUGUGCAUCCGGCAGAAUUACAGUCCGUCCUCAGAGAGAGGCAGUCUGUUUAUAGUACUGGGACCUUUGAUAGCCCUGCUGUCCCUCAGCAGUCUGGACGUGCUGUAUGUGCUUGUCAGGGGACGAAUUAGAUAUCACGAUGCAUCGGACAUGUGAAAUUAAAUUUAAAAACACAAAACUGACUUGACGACUGAUUUAUAAAAUUAUAAGUGGAUUGCAAACACAUUCUUCUGAGAUUUAUUUAAAUGUGAAUUUGUCUAGCUCUCUUUCAGAAUUAAUUAACACUAGGAGAUAGCACGAUUAAAAAAAUAGCUAUUUAAAUCUUACUUAAUAAAGAAAAUAAAAAUUAAAUUAGAGCGAUCUUAAAUUCUUUUAUUCUAAAAA